AUGUUGUGGUGGUGGUCCUCGUCGGGCAUGGCUUUCGGGGAGUGGGAGUCGAGGUGGUGGUCAGUUAUGGAAGCAGCAGCAGCAGCAGCAGCAGAGACGGACUCAACAACAGCACCACCACCACCACAAGACACCGACCACGAAGCCCAAGCCCCACACACCAACGCAAUCUACCCACGCUUGACCGAAGACGGUGACCUCGACCCUUCUGUUUUUGUUGGUAUGCCCUUCCGCUUCGACACGGGCAUCGCGUUAUUCGCAAAGCGCACCCCGCGCCCGUUCCCACCGCCGUUCUUAUCGCCGCCUUCAGGCUCGUUCAGCGAUCCGCUCAGUACCCACGACCGCAGCCGCGAUCGGCGCGGGGCGUAUGUGGACGGCCACCGCAUCCAGGGGUACACGAAUGGGGACGACGCCGUGUUUGCGAGUGACUAUUUUGUGGGUGCGAAUGAUGGCGUUGGGGCGUGGAGUGCACGGCCGAGGGGGCAUGCUGGACUAUGGGCCCGUCUGAUCCUCCACUUCUGGGCCACCGCCAUGUUCGAAGACGCCGCCAGAAAAGGGACCGCCUACCGCCCAGACCCAAUCAGCUACCUCCAGCGAGCCUACGACCAAACCACGGAAGCGACCGGCCCACCAAACGACUGGCAAGGCACGACGACCACCGCCGGCGCGCAAUUACACUACCGCCGGUCAAAAACUGCCACCGAAGAUGGACAGACCUCGAACGAGACUACAUUCGAACCCCUCCUGCAUGUCCUCAACCUCGGCGAUUCGCAAGUCAUGGUCAUCCGCCCCGAGACGCGCGAAAUGCUCUACAAGUCUGUCGAGCAGUGGCACUGGUUCGACUGCCCGCGGCAGCUGGGUACCAACAGCCCCGACACACCGCGCGGGUGUGCGGUGGUGGACGAGGUGCCACUGCGUGAAGGAGAUGUGGUGCUGGCUAUGUCGGACGGGGUGAUCGAUAACCUGUGGGCGCAUGAGAUUGUGGAGAAGGUGUGUGACAGCUUGGAACAGUGGAGGUCUGGCGAGGCUCCUCCUUCUCGCUCUCAUCAGGGCCAGGGGGCCAGCGAGAAAGGAGAAGGGAAGGCGAUGAUGGAGUUUGUGGCGGAGGAACUAAUGGAGGCUGCGAGGGUAAUUGCGGUUGAUCCGUUUGCUGAGAGUCCCUUCAUGGAACAUGCUAUUGAAGAGGGGUUGGCGAGUGGUGGUGGUGAGUUUCCUUUUCGCACGAAGCAGUACAAGAAACUGAUGCGCUCGUUCGAGCAACUCGGGUUCCGCCAGCCGUACCAAUUGCUCAUCACCAGUGAUGUGCUGCUUGAUACGACCAAGCUGGAUUUGGUUUCCUUAUUUGAGAAGACGCUGUCGACAAAGGGUGUGAAGCCGAUGAUUACGCAGUGUUGUAUUAGAGCACUCUACGCCAAAAACACCACCGGCGGCGGUGGUCCCAACCGGGACCCGGCUGUCGUGGCGGCGAUUGACAGGGCCAAGACUUUCGAGAGGCGGCGGUGCGGUCAUCUGAUGGUUGAGGACCCGCUGACGGAGCGUGAGUGCAUGCUCUCGGUGGUGGAUCCCAAGGGGAAAGGGGACAAUAAGUUUCGCUAUGUGGUUGUGACGCAGGAUGAGUGGUUGAGGGAUAGGCUGCGGUCGGUGGUGCCGACGCCGUUGAUGUAUGUGCGGAGGAGUGUUAUGGUAUACGGCAUUGUCCGACGCCCGCAAAAGAGGAAGAGGGAGGAGCACGAUAACGACAACGACGACGAGGGCGCCCAGUUGGAUGAUGAGCAUUCGGGGAGUGAGGAUGACGCGGGCACCACAGCUCGGUCCGAGCAAGCAGACGCAGACGGCAAACCAAAGAAGAAAAAGAAGCAAUACGGCCGCAAACAACCGAACCCAUUGGCGGUCAAGAAAGCUAAGGCCUCGGCUCCGGGCCACGAUCAACAACGGCCUAGGAAACCGCCGGUAGAGCCCCAGGCGGACGCCCCGGCGGAGACGAAGGCGAAACGGAAGAGGCGUAAGAAAGCCAGCAGUGGUGCGUCCGGUGGUAGUGGUGAAAGCAAUGGUACGGAGCAGGCCGGGAAUGGUGAGGCGGUGGCCGUGGAAGCUGCGGCGAGUUGA